AUGGGCAAUUAUACAACCAGUCCUGCGGAAGCUGCACAUAGUGCACUUAAAGGAAACAAUAGGGCUAUUGUUAAGUGCACUAUGCCUAAGACAUUUGUGCAGCUUGAUAUGGUUCUCAAAAACCAAAAGGUCAAAAGCAACAUGGCCAAAUGGUUUUCGAAGAUUUCGUGUGAUCCAUCAUUGAUUGGAAAUCCAAUGUACGCAAAAAUCCUCAAGGUUGUCAGCGCUUACGCCAUUAAAAAGAUAAGGGAGCAAGUAAAUUCUUUUUACGAUGAGAUGAAGAAGAAUAAAUUAAGGCCAUGCACUGGUGUCUUCAAAAGUACCAUGAAUCUUCCGUGCAGACACACGAUUUUUGACGAAGAAUACAAAAACAUUAUAGAAGGUGGCAGUGGCAAUGUAUCAAAUAUACAAGCCAGAUCAGACAUUUUUGUUUUUCUUUCUUCGGUUGACAUAAUAUGGCAUAUCAAUAAGGGGAAUGCUGAUAAACAAAUCGCACCCACAGCCGCAACCGAAAGUACAGACAUGUAUGCAGAUGCAACCGAGACGGAGAUAACUAUCUUCAAAUUAAAGACGGCAUUAGAUUCAAUUAAUUAA